AUGGACUUUGAGUGGACGAACCAAACAGGCCCCAUCGACGCUCAAUCGCCUUUCCUCGCUGCCAGCCAACAAAAGAAGCGUGAGUCCCCAGGCCCCUCUUUCCCAUUCGGACGGAACACACAUGGGGAAACACAACCGCUGACUUCAGGGCCUUCUUUCGGCCAGGCAGGCCCUCAUUCCGUCCUAGACUCUCCCUCCAAAAACGGUUUCGCGACACCGAAUCGGCUGCGCGACCCCGACAACCGUAUGACAUACUUCAGCCGCGAUCCCAGCAAGCCGCUACCGUCCACACCCGCAUCUUCGGUGCCUGCACACAUCCAACCGAGCCCGUGGUCUAUGCGAACGCCCUCACACGACCUCGACUUCAGCUCCGGCGGGGAAACACCGGGCACACCACAAGUGGACAGCGACCCUGGCACACCAGACACACAAUUGGCGAGCAAGAUGGGGCGGCUAGGCAACGGCGAUGCAAAGGGCGGGCGGCGAGACAGCUGGUUCAAGCGGACCUUCAUGUCCACGCCGAGCCCCACCAAAGAGCGGGACAGAGAGCGGGACAAAGACGCAUCGCAGAAGUACUACUCCAAGAAAGCCGAGAACCGCAUAGUCAAGCGCCGGUCAGAGCGGUCACGGUCCAAGAAGCGCGCCACGGUCCACGACGACGACGACCGCGAAGAUUCCGACAACGAACUCCAAAGACGACCCCAAGUCCCUCCCAAAGAGGCAGGCCCCGUCCAGCAGACUCUCGCCAUGAGCGUAGGCGGCUUCCUCUCGUGGGUCGAAGCGCACCCCAACCUCCCCUCCGUCCUAUCCUACUACCUCCAACUCACCGUCAACAUGUUCCUCGGCAGCCUCUUCAUCUACAUCGUCUACUCCGCCUGGGCGGGCGUCAUGACCGACGUCGACAUCGAAUCCUCCAAACACGCAUCAGAAGUCAUGGUCGAAAUCGCCGGAUGCGCCAUCGAAUACAACCGGAACCGGUGUCGGCCGGAGGAAGUCGUGCCGGCGAUGGAGAGGGCAUGUGGUGUUUGGGAGACGUGCAUGAAUCGCGAUCCGAAGAAAGUUGCGAGAGCGACGGUGACGGCGAAGACGUUUGCUAUGAUUUUUAACUCUUUUGUUGAGGAGUUUAGUUAUAAGUCUAUGAUCUUCACAGCCAUAAUAAUCUUCGGCGGCUUCAACCUCUCAAACUGGGCUUUCGGCCUCCUCCGCUCCCAGCAACAACAAUCCCACCACACACAAUCCCACCAACAACCCAACGAAUUCGUCCCGCAAACGCCGCACAGAGUAAUCAGCAACGGUUACAACGAUAGUUAUAACCAGCAAAGCUACCAGCAGAAUUGGCAGCAAUUACCGACGCCGUAUCAACAGCAGCAACAGCAGCAGUUACAGGGAACGCCGUAUCAGAGUCACAACACGCCGUAUCAGGGUCAGAGACAUAUUGAGGCGCCGCCGCUGGUGCAUGCGCAUACUAUGCCUGCGUUGGGCAGUUCGAGUUCGGCGCAGGAAGGGGUGGUGACGGCGGAUGGGGGGAGGACGCCGAGGAAACGGGGGUUGUUUCGAUAA